CGGUUCGCUGCGACUCGGUUCGAUUCGGCUCGAGCUGCCUGCAUCGAGCCGUGCUCUCGAACAGAUGUGCGUCGCAGUGUUGUUGCAAACGCCGGUCGCGUAGGUUGUUGCUAGUGUGAAACGUCGAGCGCAUCGCCCACCCACACGCACAUACACAUAUGUACGUAGUCGAGUGCGCGGAGCAGUCAGUUGUUGCCGCCAAUUGAAUGGACAGUCGCGGUUAACGAAACACGAAAAGUCGCCUCGCGUCGCGUCGCGUGGAGUUCACUUGAGCUGAGUGGCGGCGAGUGUGUGUGUUUGCUUUUUUUUCGAACGCGCGAAACACGCGGCUGUUGCGGCUGUCGCGAGUGCAUUACUCACUGUUUUUUUUUCGGUUACUUGCAAGUGAUACCCCUUAAACGACCCAGCCCCCCCCUUCAACCCGCUCACAAGCAGCAAACGCCAAAAGGUGAUUAUAUUUGGAAAAGCAAAGCCGUGGAGUAAAUAACGGAGCGGAGAGCGGAUCAACACAAAGCGAGACUACCUUUGGUGUCAUCGUUUGCUCCGUUUUCCAAACACACUGUUUAAACGCAGAAGCAGUUUAAGACUUGCAGAUGAUUGGAGUCAAAUAAUCAAAGAGGUGAGACUGACACAUUACAUGAAGCCUUUGUACUCUUCCGCAUUCCGGAAAACAAGAAGUACAUAGGUAUGAAUGCAUCUCCAGCAUAAUCGGGAUAUUCACGUCGAGAGCGUAUUAUAUUUUAACUCAGAAAGCAUUGGGUGGCCUCGUUAGGCAAUCGUGAUGGUCCUUCAAGCCAAAGGCAUACAAAUUGAAACAAACUGGAGUAAACAAAACACGUGAAUUGCAGAAGGACGAAGGAGCUAAUUGCACAACAGACCUGAUUACCAGGUUUUUUUAUUAAAUGGGUGGAAAGAGCAGCCGCAAGAGCAGGAGAAGCUUAGAGCCCAACACUGUCCGCCGGGACAUUAAUUAAUCACGACCUUGUCAUUCGCAAGGAUCGAGGAGUGGCAAAACAAGUGGCAGGAGCAGGGUGCAGAAAUCAAAUUAACAGUGCGUCAAAAGGAUUAACCCGUGCAGCCAAGGGCCGGAGUUUGGAGCACGUAGCGCACGCGGCGUGGCCAGUUAACCAACCGACCCGGGAUCCACAUUCCAGGGUCAGCGGGUUACGGAAUCCGGAGCUUGGAUUCGUUCGCAGCUCGUAGUUGCGAAGCUGCCUCUAUUGGCACGUGUUCGGCGGCUCGUCGUCGCGGAUUAGCGACAAAAUCCCGAUACAGCCGCACCAGAACGCACGGCAAAUCUGACCCAUAAGAGCCACGGACUUGGAGCCACAAGCAGCGAUGAUGGGCAACAGAACGGAACGAAACGGACGACUGGGUAUCCUCCUGCUGCUGGGAGUGCUGGUGCUCCUGAUGGCCCUGCCACCACCCACCGCGGGCACCACCGACUGGAUGCAGAGCUGCGGCACCUGCCACUGCCAGUGGAACUCGGGCAAGAAGAGCGCCGACUGCAAGAACAAGGCGCUGACCAAGAUUCCCCAGGACAUGAGCAACGAGAUGCAGGUGCUGGACUUUGCCCACAAUCAAAUACCCGAGCUGCGGCGCGAGGAGUUCCUACUGGCCGGGCUGCCCAAUGUGCACAAGAUCUUUCUGCGCAACUGCACCAUCCAGGAGGUGCAUCGCGAGGCCUUCAAGGGCCUGCACAUCCUCAUCGAGCUGGACAUGUCGGGCAAUCGGAUACGCGAGCUGCAUCCGGGCACGUUCGCCGGCCUGGAGAAGCUGCGCAACGUGAUCAUCAACAACAACGAGAUCGAGGUGCUGCCCAACCACCUGUUCGUCAACCUGAGCUACCUGUCGCGCAUCGAGUUCCGGAACAACCGCCUGCGGCAGGUGCAGCUGCACGUCUUCGCCGGCACGAUGGCGCUGAGUGCCAUAUCGCUGGAGCAGAACCGCCUCGCCCACCUGCACAAGGAGACGUUCAAGGAUCUGCAGAAGCUGAUGCAUCUGUCGCUGCAGGGCAACGCCUGGAACUGCAGCUGCGAGCUGCAGGACUUCCGCGACUUUGCGAUCAGCAAGCGGCUCUACACACCGCCCACCGAUUGCCAGGAGCCGCCCCAGCUGCGCGGCAAGCUGUGGAGCGAGGUGCCCUCGGAGAACUUCGCCUGCCGGCCGCGCAUCCUGGGCUCCGUGCGUUCCUUCAUCGAGGCCAAUCACGACAACAUCUCGCUGCCCUGCCGCAUCGUCGGCAGUCCGCGUCCCAAUGUCACCUGGGUGUACAACAAGCGGCCAUUGCAGCAGUACGAUCCGCGGGUUCGCGUCCUCACCUCCGUGGAGCAGCUACCGGACCAGUCCUCCCAGGUGCUCACCUCGGAGCUGCGCAUCGUGGGCGUUAGGGCCUCCGACAAGGGCGCCUACACCUGUGUGGCGGACAACCGGGGCGGCCGUGCGGAGGCCGAGUUCCAGCUGCUCGUGAGCGGCGACUAUGCCGGCGCCGUUUCCGCCAACGACGGGAUGGGCAUGGGUGCCAUUGGCUCGCCAACCAUUGAUCCGCAGACGAACAUGUUCCUCAUCAUCUGCCUGAUCAUCACCACGCUGCUGCUCCUGCUGCUCGUGGCGGUGCUGACGCUCUUCUGGUACUGCCGUCGCAUCAAGACCUACCAGAAGGACACCACCAUGAUGAGCGGCGACGGGCUGAUCUCCUCCAAGAUGGACAAGACGCACAACGGCUCCAUGCUCGAGGGCUCCGUCAUCAUGGAGAUGCAGAAGAGCCUGCUCAACGAGGUGAAUCCCGUCGAGAAGCCACCGCGGCGCACGGACAUCGAGAGCGUGGAUGGCGGCGACGACGUGCUCGAGAUCAAGAAGACACUGCUCGACGACACGGUCUAUGUGGCCAAUCACUCGCGCGAUGAAGAGGCCGUCUCAGUGGCCAUGUCGGACACAACGACCACGCCCCGAUCUCGACACACCUACGUGGAUGAUGCGUACGCCAACAGCCUGCCACCGGAUCUGCUGGCCUUUCCCGCCCGCGUGCCGCCCACCUCGCCCUCGAUGCAGUCCUCGCAGUCGAACAUCCCCGACCAGGUUAUCUACGGCAUCCGUUCGCCGCCGUCGCUCACCAGUCCGGUCUACACGCACAUGACGCCGCACAGCAUCUACGGCACCAAGACGAUGACGGCUCCGCACAACGGCUUCAUGACGCUGCAGCAUCCCAAGUCCCGCAACCUGGCGCUCAUCGCCACCGCUAACAGCAGUCGUCAGCACCAGCACCACCACCAACUGCAGCAGCACCAGCAGCAGCAGCAGCAGCACCAACAGCAGCAGCAACAGCAGCAUCCGCUGGCCACCGCAUCGCCCUUCCUGCCCGCACCCGUCGUCUACUCGCCGGCCACGGGCGUGGUCAUGAAGCAGGGAUACAUGACCAUUCCGCGCAAGCCACGCGCCCCCAGCUGGGCGCCCAGUACGUCCGGUGCCGCUGGCCAUGGAUCCAUUCAGCUAAGUGAAUUCCAGAGCCCCACAUCACCGAAUCCCAGCGAGACAGGCACCGCCACCACAGCGGAACUACAGGCGGAGCCCGUGUACGAUAAUUUGGGACUGCGCACCACCGCCGGCGGCAACUCCACCCUCAAUCUGACCAAGAUCGCCGGCUCGCAAGGCACUGGUCUGCAGUACUCGAUGCGGGACCGGCCCCUUCCGGCCACGCCCAGCCUGACAUCGGUGUCCUCGGCGACCAAUGCCAGCAAGAUUUACGAGCCCAUACACGAGCUGAUUCAGCAGCAGCAGCAGCAGCAGCAGCAACAGCAGCAGCGACUGGGCUCCAUGGACACGGAACCCCUGUACGGAGUUCGGCAACAGGGGAUCACGAUACUGCCCGGCUCCAGCAUCAGCGGGGCCGGACUGGGCCACGCCGCCUACCUUUCACCCGGCUCGGGUGCUGCCGUGUCGCCAAGCCACGCCAGCAGCAGCGGCGACUCCCCGAAGGCCGCCAAGAUCCCACCACGCCCACCACCGAAGCCCAAGAAGAAGAUGUCCGUGACGACGACGCGCAGCGGCCAGGGCAGCACCAGCCAGCUCUUUGACGACGAGGGCGAGGACGGCACCGAGGUCUAGUUUGGCACCCACGGCGAUCCCCAUCAUCGGUAGCUGGCCAUGGGAUAAGAUGGCCAUGGAUGGGAUGGGAUGGGAUGGGAUGGGAUGUGUUGCGAUGUGAUGUGAUGUCGUUGCUAACAGCAGCAAGCAGCAGCAGAUGCGGAUCCAGUGGACGAGGAAUGGGGAAUCCAUGACGGACCGAAGCUGGAGCUGGAGCUGGAGCUGAUAACUUUAUUGCGUGGAGGGGUGCAGCCCCCAGUCGACAACAAAAUUCAACAUCAACAUCAACAUCAUCAUGAAAAUCAACAUGAGCGUCAACAUCCGCUGUUGCGGCUUGUAAAAAUAGCCGGCGGAAGGAUUCUCUUCCGUAGCUCACGCCACUGCGUGACUUGUGUGCCAAACGACUGAUGUAGGUUUUAGUAAUUAAAUCGAUGAACAUGCAACACAACAGAAGAAGGGAAAGUGCGACGAGAAAUGUGUAAUCUUCAGCGAGUUGGAUGAUGGUUAAAAAGCAAAUAGACAGAGACUCAAAUCCGUUAGGGCGAUAAAGUCGCUUUUAGAAGCAUCUAAUCCCAAAUUCGUAUAGGCGGAUAUACGUAAAACCCAAUUUUAAAACCACCUUUUUUUGUGUAGACUAUAGCUAGUUCGGUACAAAAUGCAUUAUUCGUAUAUAAAGAGACAUACAUCUAUAUAAACACACACACAAUUUUAAACUUAUAUGAACCCUAGAACAACAAAUAUCCUAUUAUGAAGAAGUAUACAUAAUGAACUUUCAGAUCAACGACAGUUUGUUCAAGCGCAAUGAAAAGGAAUAAAACACAUAAUUUUUUCCAAAUUUUUUAAAAUUGUAAAUGUAAAGGCAUACAGUUAAUCGCAUUAGGCUACAUAUAAAUAGAUACACAUAUAUAUAUAUACAUAUAUAUAUAUAUAUUAACGAUAUAUACUUAUACUAGCGUAAGGAACCACUUGCAUCCUUAAUUUUUUUUUUAGUUUUACGAAAGCCACCACGCGAUUCGGGAAUUAAACUACAUAAAAGUAUAUUUCUAGCGGGUAAGUUUGUUAAGUGCGUUUAGCGGUAGGAUAAAGAGUUUGCAUUCGCAAUUAAAACAAUGAAUUGAAACUUCUAUGUAUACAUAUAGUCUAGAGAGAGGGCGCG